AUGAAUCUUCUACCAAUAUUUGUAUUUAUAACUAGUGUAUUUUCAUAUUCCGCUUCGAAUAUAAUUCAAGCAAAUGAUCAGACAUUACAAUCAAUUAUUAAAACUCCAGGUAAAUUUACAUUUGUUGAUUUUUAUGCUGAUUGGUGUCGUCAUUGUAAAAAAUUAGCACCAACAAUUGAUAAAUUAAGUGAAUUAUAUAAUGAUAUUCCUGAUAUUCAAUUUGUUAAAAUUAAUGGAGAUAAAGAUGGUAAAAAAAUGGCAAAGAAAUAUGUUGAAAUUGGAUAUCCUACAUUAUUAUUUUUUUAUGAUGAUGGACGUAAAGUUGAAUUUGAUGGAAUUAGAGAUAUUACAAGUUUAAGUAAUUUCAUUCAACAAUUGAGUGGUAUUAAAUUAGAAGAAAAGAGAGAAGAACAAGAACAAGAACAAGAAGUGAAGGUAGAUGAAGUUGAUACUAAAAAUAAUGGAUUUGUGGAAUUGACACCAAGUAAUUUCAAUCAAGUUGUUUCACUGAAAGAAUAUGCUGUUGUUGCAUUUGUUGCAUCUUGGUGUAAAUACUGUAAAGAUUUAGAUCCAACUUUAGAAAUCUUAGCUGAUGAAGUUUAUGCGAGAGACGAUAAUUUAUUAAUUAGUCAUAUUACAAUUGAUAAACAUGAUGAUAAUUCAAUCGAUGAAAAAUAUGAUGUCCAAAAUUUACCAUCAAUUUUAUUCUUUAAGAAUGGAGAUUUGGAAAAUCCGGUUGUUUACAAAGGAGGUCAAAAGUUUAAUAAUUUACUCGAUGCUAUUAAUAAAUAUACUGGAUUAAGUCGUGAUGCGUCUGGUAAUUUACAACCAGAUGCUGGUGUCAUUAAACCUAUCUCACAAUUGUUUAAAGAAAAUUUAAGUGAAGACGAAUUAUAUGAAAAGAUGGAUAGUUUCAAUGGUGGUAAUGGUGAUUCUAUUGAAUAUUAUAAGAAAUUGAUCUCUGCUAAAGAGUUUAUUCCUGCUGAAUUAGCCAGAGUCGAUAAUAUUUUGAUUAAUGAUAUUGAUAAAAUCAAUGGAAUCACCAUUGACUCAUUGACUAAAAGAGCAAACAUUCUUAGACUGUUGAUAUAG